AUGGAGCACACCCUGCAAUCAAGUCCCCUGGCAAGAAGCUUAAACCGCGACUCGAUAAAAGACGUGCUAUCUCAAGAUGACACUCUGCAACGGCUGCGGAAUCGCGCUCAUCCCUGGGAGGAAAGCGAUACAGAACUUGGGCCCAUCACCCCUCCAGGAACGCCUCGGCACGAGGUUCUCGACGAUGUCGAAAAGGACCUGGAAUUGCGCAUUUCGCGUUCUGUGGCGCUUAAAUCCGCCAUCAAGAAUCGUACACUAUACAUUCAAAUGCGCAAGGUGCUCACGCUGCGAAAGCGCAAACAGGAGCUCAAGCAACAGGAACUCAAACAACAGGAACUCGAGGCCCGGGCGAUUCGCUAUGCAAGACAAGUCAAAAACAACCCAUCUCCCAUGAAUCUGCCACAGUAUCGGGACGCUAUCGGCUGCGAGGACUGGAAAGGCCAACCGCCACAGACUAAGCCUUCGUCACGAAGCAGUCGAAUCCUACCGUUGGUUCCGGGUUUGCAGAGCUUCAAGAAAGAAAGGCGCGCGUCGCAGAACGAUGUCAAAGGUCAACGCGAGCAUACAAUACCUUGGUUCAUUCGCCCUGAAAUAGAACAAUCGAAAGCAGCUCAUGGCUCGGAUCUUUUGCCUGAGGCAUUACCAGGUGAAAGCAUGCCCAAGGCGACUUUUCCGAACCCCCGCCGAAUGCCCCCUUGGCAGGACUCUAUCGCCUUCAACGGCCCUUAUGAUGCGGAGACUUUGUCUUGGAACAGCGAUAAUACGGUCGAAUACUGUUCAGGGCCUUUGAAACUCGCAUUCCUGCCUGGUUCUCGGGCGUAUAGAACAUUCAUCAGCAAACAGGGUUUCACAUUGUCAAUCUCGCCCACUUGCAAGGGCUUUCUGUCCGAUGGUAAGACCGAAAUCGCAGUUACACUCGAGCAGUGUUCCUGGAUGAGAAAGCGAGCAUUGGAGCGCUUCGUCAGCCCUUCACCGGAAUCACAGCUUACUGGAACGACUUUAUGUGCAGAUCAGGAAUCGGUCUUAUGCGAUGGUCCUGCAAUGGCCGAUUCAGACGGCGUCUCUGUUCAUGAAGGCACGACUGCUCAGCUCUCAGGAGCUGAAAACGUGCACACAUUGCACUCCCAGGGACAAUGCAAACAAGAAGGAACUCAGUAUACGGCAGAAAGUGAGUUCACGAUGCCGCAGAAGAAAUCUGACACCGCUGGAGUUGAGUCGCGGUCGUCCACUGCCCGCCAGGAGCGUGAGACCAAGGUAGACUCGGGAGUAGUUCGAGCGGGCUCAGCAUACUCUGUUCGGCACUACACAAACCUCAAGAACUCUCAUGUUCGAUUCGUCGAGUGCCUUGCUUCGUCCUUCGCCAGGGAUGUGGAACUCGAACCUGCUCAGGUCCGCGCAAUUCUUGAUCCUGCGAUAGGGCGCGAGCGAUACGAGAGAAACAUCCGACGUCUACUUGCGCAGUGUGGGUGGGCGAUGAAGGUGGAGGCAACAGACAUGGCACAGAUGUAUGUGGCAAGAUUGCUGUGCUCUCGAGGUGGAUCGUUCAUCGCAGCUCGUGCGAUUGCUCUGCAAGCUGAACGGAUGGCAACCAAGCACAUGAACUCCACAACGCCCAAUUUGAUGGAGGGAAACAGCCAACAGGGGGCCGCGCGAACGUCGAAAACGGAUGGCGGUAACAACAUCUCUCCGCAGCUGAAACCUGCGGACGGUCUUCAAAGGCCUGACCUCGGUGACCUGGAGCAGUACAAUGCCGACGAAAUUGAUGACGAUGCCAGCUCAGAGGCUUCUACAGAGGAUGGCGAGUUUCCGGAACCUGUGAGGCUGAGUGCCAAGCACCGUAUGGGGCUUCAGAAGAGCAACGCAUACCGGACACUCAAACGACGAGUGAUAGAAUUCAUUCACCGACCGCAUCAGUGUCGGGUGAUCAAGGCCAUUGGCUCUAACGCUGUCGAUUCGGAUGGUACGCAACUCAGUCCUGAUCGAGCUUGGGACCUUGGACGGGAUAUAUCCUGGACUCCCGUUCAUCUCAUCCGCAUCUCAUUCGACGAUUCUCUCGCCUUCAGUGACCACAUCAAGGGCUUGAUCGAAGACUCACUCGGAGAAACGUGGGAUUGGUGGCCAUUGAAGCAAAGGAAGCGCCCCUUGCGGCCCGGUUAUAUGCGGCUUUUCUGGCCUUCCCCAUACGAGGUCUCGUCAGGCGAUGACCACUACAUCGAUAUCACUUCUGACGCAGCUCAGAGGCUUCAAAAGCUCCUUCAUUUUGCACACAACGCUGAGACUGCUCGUCACGAGGAGGAUACCGCUCCUGUUCUAUCUAAAGGAGCCAACACUCUUUUUCAGCAUGUGUCGGCAAUAUGCAGUCACGCCGUGAACAAUCUUCUCAACACAGGCACUCCUGCACGCCCACCGCCUGCUCAUAUCUCGAGUACUGCGAGCGGAGCAGGCUCGUCCUCCAACCACUCGGAUAUAAACAGCUCGGGGAAACAAGCCUUGCCAGCACAAUCGGCCGGUCUAAAUACUCCCGGAGCUGCGGCACCUCAGUCACCAAACCUACCUCAACCGCAAGCACCAACUGUGGCGCUACCUCCCGAUCGACAUGUCUUCCUGUGCGUUAAGAGAGGCAGCUCCCACAGAUUCUGCGACAUGCAGAUCCAUACAAUGAGCAACGACGGGGACUUUUUCCAGGCCCUGAAGAAAAACUACGUCGAAGCGCGCGGAACAUUCCUGGGCUAUUUCUCCUGGUGGCGCUACGACAAGUGCGAUUUCUAUCAGGUGAGUUGCAUCCAACUUGCAAAUGGCAAAGGUAUCCAGUUGCUGACAUUGUCAUCGCCUUCCCAGUUCCAGAAAUACGACAUCAACGCCGGCGCCCCCUGUUCCCUCUCCUACCCUCCCCAAUCCCGCACAGACUACGACUUCACGCCCCGCGUCCCCAUCCCUUCCCCGCCCGCAGGACCCAUCUCCGCCCACGAAUUCCGCGGCCGCUUCUACAAAUCCUCUCAACAUCCCUUCGGAUGGUAUCUCGACUUCCUUCAGCGCCUGGCAGCUCCCGGGAAAGCUAAAAUGAGGAUACGCGACGCCCGAGACGCCAUCGCCCUACUGCCCAAACGCGCGAAAUGCCUCGAGAUGGAUGACGGCAAGCGAGAACUCUUCUGGGGCCUGUACGCACGAGAACGACGAGGAUUCGCAUGGGUGCUGGCGUAUGGCUUGCUCUGCAACAUCCCAGCGAUAAUCUUCUUCUUCCUGUGGCUGUUUCGUUGGGGACACGGGGCGGAUUUGCAGAAUGCCUCUGUGCCGUUGACGAUGUCGAUUAGUCUGAGUCUGUUCUUUUUGGCCAUGUUGAGGGAGGAGAGGGGGAGUGAUAGGGGGUAA